CAGAGAUGUAACAUCAGUCCUUCUUUUACCGUUCAUCGGAACACAAUCGCGUUUCAGAAGCGAAUCGGUAGUGCCUAGUCACCCAUUAAAGUGCUGGAGAAUGGGAUUCAUUCGGCGGUUAUGUCAUUGUGAUGUAGAGCGGGCAGUAUUGGGAUAGUGAUUGGCGCCGUCGUGGAAUGGAUAACUGCUGCACUUCACUGGAUAAGUAGUGAAAGGUGUGAAGAAGCAUUGUGCUUGUGAUUCAAAUGAGAGCACUUGAAGAAGUUGAAUGUGAUAGAGGUUCGAAAUGCAGAACAAUGAAUAAAAAAUUCAAUGUGAGUGCUUUUAAUGAGAGUAAAAUGUGCAAUGGUCAACAUAAAUUGAAUAUAAAAGUGUAAAAAUAAACCAAGAAAAGUUACCCUGUGAAAAGCUUAACUGGAAGUGGAAAUCGUUAUCGUUAACUGGGAGAAUUUCCGGAGUUGAUAAAUUGGAUUUAUUCAGCAAAACUGUAACCGUCGCUUUACCGGCGAGAGGAUUUCCAGUUUGGAGUAAUUGGAUGAACGUCAGCGUAACCAUUCGCUAGAAGGAAUACCAGAAAAAAUAGAAAAAAACUAACAUUGCUAAGAAGAGAGUGGCAAGUAUAAAAUUAAAAUGAUAAUACGGCUUCCGUUGGCUAUUGUGCUGAAAGAAACAAAAACUGUGGUAGAUUGUGCUCUUAAUCCACCUCUGAGACGAAAGAAAAAAGUGCAAAAGCAGCGUUAUGGAGUAUAUAAUCGUGUUUUAUAAUCCAAACACGUUUAGUGGACUAUGUCAAAUGCUGAAGCUGCCGUGAAAAAUUCAUGCAAUCAAAGCAAAGUGAUAACAGGUGAAGUGAGCAGUGCUACGAAGGUUGCUGUACGGAAGAACGAGAACAUCAAAGAUUGAAUUAUGAUAAACACUGUUUACUUCCUGAGUUUAUCGAGAAAUUUAAAUUGUCUGUUUCGAAGCUGGAUUAUUACGCUGUAUUUUCUCCAAGGGUGCCCGACGUUGCAAACCGGAAUGAUAUCAUACGAAGAAACGAGUGGCAAUUUUUUUCGGACAGCAUCUUUUCUGCUUUCACCUCACGUUCCAGGUGACAAAGAUAGUGGUAAGGAUAACAGUGAUAAUCAGAAUAUUGUUAAUAGUGGUGAUAGUGUCGAGUUGGAGCCAAGUGUGUUUGAUUUUGAUAGCGAAAGUGACGAUUUACUUAAGUACUACAAAACACCGAUGCAGUUUGGUACAGAGAACUCCACGAUAAUUACAUCGCAGGUGGGAUCGACAGCUCACAUUCCCUGCAGAAUACAUCACAUUGGAGAAUGCGUGGUGUCAUGGAUUAGGAGAAAGGACUAUCAUCUACUGACGGUCGGGCUGACGACUUACAGUAGCGACGAACGAUUUAGUGCCACACACCUGCAAAACUCCGAGGAUUGGACGCUGCAGAUAAAAUUCGUACAGGACCGGGACGCAGGAUGGUACGAGUGCCAGGUUUCAACACAUCCACCAACAUCCAUCCUCUUGGAGCUGCGAGUAGUGGAAGCACGAGCCGAGAUAGUUGGACCGCAAAUUAAGUACUUGACACCUGAUUCAACGCUGAAGUUGAUAUGCCGUGUUGUACAAAGCACUGAAGCAUCUGCUUUCAUAUUUUGGUAUCACAACAACCGGAUGAUAAACUAUGAUGUCGAUAGGGGAAUCAAUGUAUCGACAGAAGCAGAUUUCCAUUAUUCAGAGUUGACCAUUAACCAUGCUGGAAAAGAGCACUCUGGGAAUUACACGUGCGUUCCCAGUAAUUCGCAACCAGCCAGCGUUGUUGUACAUAUAUUCAAAGGUGACCAUCCAGCCGCAAUGUAUCACGAACACCGCAGCUCUUCCACAAUUCCAUACCGAGAUGAGCGGCUGUUAGGAUUGGUGCUACUCGUAAAAAUGUUGUCCUUUUCAACGACGUUCUAUUGAAAAGUUGUCUUUGGCCUGGUUUGUUUGCAAAAUUCGGAGAAACCAUGCUACGGACACCGAUCGUUUGUAGUUAGGAGAAAGUUUGGAGAGUUUUUGAGGAAAAGUUUUGUUUUGCGAAUCAGUUGUGCAAAUUAUUAAAGCAACAACUUUUGGUUCAUUUGGCGUAAUAGAAAUAAUGACGAUGAU